CCUCAUCAUCGAAGAGCUCGGCAAGCAUCUCCCCCAUCGCCCAUUGCUCUCGCCACACGAUGCUUCGGCAACAAUUGAUCCGCUCGCUGAAGCGACCUGCGGUGAAGGCAGGCUUCAAUGGCUCAAGGCCCUUUACUGCCUCUGCCCGCCGGCCAGCAGAGGUGGAGAUCACUGUCGAUGGAAAGAAGGUGUCAAUCGAAGCCGGAUCGGCCCUCAUUCAGGCAUGCGAGAAAGCCGGCUCGACCGUCCCCCGAUACUGCUACCACGAGAAGCUCAUGAUUGCCGGAAACUGUCGUAUGUGUCUGGUUGAGGUGGAGCGGGCUCCCAAACCUGUGGCAUCCUGCGCGUGGCCGGUACAGCCAGGGAUGGUCGUGAAGACGGAUUCGCCGCUCGUCCACAAGGCGCGCGAGGGUGUCAUGGAGUUCCUCCUUGCCAACCACCCGCUGGACUGCCCUAUUUGCGACCAGGGAGGCGAGUGCGAUCUCCAGGAUCAAUCCAUGCGAUACGGCGCGGAUCGCGGACGUUUCCACGAAAUUGGUGGCAAGCGUGCUGUUGAAGACAAGAACAUUGGGCCUUUGAUCAAGACCUCAAUGAACAGGUGCAUUCACUGCACCCGUUGCGUCCGAUUCUCCAACGACGUAGCCGGUGCACCUGAGAUGGGCUCUACUGGCCGUGGCAACGACCUCCAGAUUGGUACCUACCUCGAGACCGCCCUUGACACUGAGCUUUCCGGAAAUGUUAUCGAUCUUUGCCCUGUUGGUGCUCUGCUCUCAAAGCCGUACGCCUUCAAGGCCCGUCCCUGGGAGCUGUACCACACCGAGACCGUGGAUGUCCUUGAUGGCCUGGGCUCUAACAUUCGCGUCGACGCUCGCGGUAUUCAGGUCAUGCGCAUUCUUCCCCGCUUGAACGACGACGUCAACGAGGAGUGGAUCAACGACAAGACUCGUUUCGCAUGCGAUGCUCUCAGCACACAGCGAUUGGUCAACCCUCUUAUCCGUGAAGGUGACCAGUUCAAGCCCACAUCCUGGGAACAAGCCCUUGUCGAGAUUGGCGAGGCAUACAAGAGGAUCGCACCCAAGGGCAACGAGUUCAAGGCUGUCACAGGUCACUUGGUCGAGACUGAGACUCUCGUAGCGAUGAAGGACCUGGCUAACAAGCUUGGCUCUGACAACCUUGCUCUUGAUCAGCCGGGUGGCAGCGAGCCGGUCGCACACGGUAUCGACGUACGCUCCAACUACUCGUUCAACUCUAAGAUCUACGGUGUCGAAGAGGCCGAUGCUAUUCUCCUUAUUGGCACCAACCCCCGACACGAGGCCGCUGUUCUCAACGCUCGUAUCAGGAAGCAGUGGCUGAGGUCUGACUUGGAGGUCGGACUCAUCGGUGAGGACUUCGAGAGCACCUUCGAGUACCAGAACCUCGGCGCAUCUGCAACUGACCUCAAGAGUGCCUUCUCUGGAGAGUUCGGCAAGAAGCUGCAGUCCGCUAAGAAGCCCAUGAUCAUCGUUGGCAGUGCGGUUACUGAGCACGCCGAUGCGAAGUCAAUCUUUGAGCAGGUCGGCGCUUUCAUCGAGAAGAACAAGGCCACCUUCCAGACACCCGAGUGGAACGGUUACAACAUUCUCCAGCGAACCGCUUCCCGAACGGGUGCCUACGACGUUGGUUUCACUGUUCCAUCGCCUGAGGUUGCCAACACUACUCCCAAGUUCGUCUGGCUUUUGGGUGCGGACGAGAUCAACGAGGCAGAGAUCCCCAAGGAUGCCUUCGUUGUCUACCAGGGCCAUCACGGUGACAAGGCUGCACAGCUUGCCGAUGUUGUGCUCCCAGGUGCCGCAUAUACCGAGAAGUCCGUCACUUACGUCAACACUGAAGGACGAGUACAGAUGAGCCGUGCUGCUGUUGGUCUGCCCGGUGCUUCACGAGAAGACUGGAAGAUCAUCCGAGCUGCUUCAGAGUACCUCGGUGCUGAGCUACCAUACGAUGAUGUCGAGCAACUGCGGGACCGCAUGGAGGAGAUCUCCCCAGCCCUGCGAAAGUACGACGUUGUUGAGCCUGUCUCACUGCCCGGCCUCAGCAAGGUCCAGCUUGUAGACCAGAACAAGGGAGCCAAGGCGUCGGGCGAGCCGCUCAAGAAAGCGAUUGAAAACUUCUACUUCACAGACUCCAUCUCAAGAAAUUCACCAACAAUGGCGCGAUGCUCAGCAGCAAAGGCGCAGAAGAUUGCCAAGACCAACUUCAUGGCGCCUGGAUACCCAGAACCUCAGGUCGGGUACGGACCACAAACGCCACAAGAGGGAGCGUUGGCGGCGUGAAGGGCUCGUAUCGUUUAGUUAGAGUUGAGAAAGCGGACUUGUACAUAGGCUCACGCGCGGGUUUGAAUUUUCCUUUUGUGAAAGCAUGCAGGAUGUAGAGUGUAUGAGAAUACCAU